AUGGCAAAAGUAAUUAUCUUUUCUAUUCAAGAGGGUUUAUUAAUAAAUUAUUCUCGAAAUAUAUUUUGUCUAUUCUCUACAAGAUGUCAGUCAACAAAAAGUUCUCAUCGUUUUAUUGAUGGUCCAGAUUUUCAAUCAUUUUUACGUGGUGAUAUACCAUCAAAAACAUCAUCUAAUUCUUAUACUGGUAAUUUAGUACGUAAAAAAAGUGAACAUUUACGCAUACCACCAUGGUUAAAAACUGAAAUACCAAUUGGUAAAAAUUAUUCUAAUUUAAAACAAACAUUAUCAAAAUUAGAUUUAAACACGGUUUGUGUUGAAGCUAAAUGUCCUAAUAUAAAUGAAUGUUGGAAUGGAGGUGAAAAUCAAAUAUCAACAGCAACAAUUAUGUUAGGUGGAGAUGAAUGCACUCGAGGAUGUCGAUUUUGUUCAGUUAAAACAAAUCGUAAACCACAACCACUUGAUCCAUUAGAACCACAAAAAACAGCUGAAGCUAUUUCAAAAUGGAAUAUUGAUUAUAUUGUUUUAACAUCUGUUGAUCGUGAUGAUUUAGAUGAUCAAGGUUCAAAACAUAUUGCUAAAACAAUUAAAGAAAUAAAAUUAUUAAAACCAAAUUUAUUAAUUGAAUGUUUAACACCUGAUUUUCGUGGUAAUCAUCAAUGUAUUGAAACAAUUAUUAAUUCUGGUGUUGAUGUUUAUUCACAUAAUAUUGAAACAGUUAAAGAAUUACAAUCAUUUGUAAGAGAUUUAAGAGCAUCCUAUGAUCAAUCAUUAAAUGUUUUAAAAUAUGUUAAAUCUAUUAAAUCAAAUAUAAUUACAAAAACAUCAUUAAUGUUAGGAUUAGGAGAAACAGAUGAACAAAUAAAACAAACAUUAGACGAUAUUAAAUUAGCUCAAAUUGAUUGUUUAACACUUGGACAAUAUAUGAGACCAACAAAAAGACAUUUAAAAGUAAAAGAAUAUAUAACACCAGAAAAAUUUGAUUUUUGGAAACAAUAUGGAGAAAAUUAUUUAGGUUUUAAAUAUGUUGCUAGUGGUCCAUUAGUUCGUUCAUCUUAUCGAGCAGGAGAAUAUUUUAUUAAAAAUAUUAUUAAUAAACAAAAAGAACAAAUACAAAAUAAAAUAUAA